AUCGAGUGAGGGAAAGACCAAACUAUCCUUGGCCCCCUUCAUUCAAGAUUCUUCUUCUUCUUCGUUUUCCACCGCUUCUGUUUAAUUAUUCAGAAACCCUAACCAAUCAGUGAGCUCCAUUACUUCAUUGAAAUAAAAAUUAGAACAUUCCCCAUUCGUCUUGAUCCUCUCUUCUUCUUUCUGGUUCCAAACUUAAGCAACCUCUGUCGUAUUUUGUAACUUGUAUCCCAUAGAAAUCAUCAACUAGUUAAUUUCUUUGACCAUUUUUGUAGAAUAAAGAUUGGUGCUUUAUGCUUAAACCAUCUUGAUCUUCUAUAUUUCCUUCUUUCUUCUCUCUUUUUGAACUUUUGGGGUGUGAAACUUAAGCUUAUGCUUCAUUUCUGAACACUAACUCCAUUGUUUAGCAUAUCAAUCCUCUUCUGGGUCUGACUCUUUAUGCUUUACUUGUUGUAAUAUAUAUAUCGCCAGAUUUAAUUCCUGAAAGUAUCCAGCUUUAGCUUCAAAGUGUAGACCCAUCUCUCAAAUCCAGCCUCUUGCUUCUGAAUCAGCUCUCAGCUCAAAACCUACAUAGUUAUUUGCUAAAGGGUUUUAUGGGGUUCUUUAGAGGCUUUGUUGUGACUUUACUUUGCUUCUAUGUCUUGGUGGGUUUUGUGUUUGGGAUUGGAGUCAAUUGGGGAACUCAAAAUACACAUGCUAUUCCUCCGGCUUCGGUUGUGAAGAUGCUCAAGGAUAAUGGGAUUCAGAAGGUUAAGCUUUUUGAUGCAGAUUAUGAUAUAUUGAAUGCUCUGAGCAAGUCUGGGCUUCAAGUCAUGGUGGGAAUACCCAAUGAGAUGCUCUCUGAUUUGGCUGGUAGUCUGGCUGCAGCUGAGAAUUGGGUCUCCAAGAAUAUCUCCUCACAUGUUUCCAAUGGAGUAGAUAUUAGGUAUGCUGCAGUGGGCAAUGAACCGCUCUUGUCAACUUUCAAUGGAAGCUUUCUUUCAACAAUAUUUCCUGCUCUGCAGAAGGUCCAGUCAGCUCUUAUAAAAGCCGGUCUGAGCACUCAGGUUAAGGUGACUAUUCCACUCAAUGCUGAUGUCUAUGACAGUGGUACUUCAUCUAAACCUUCUGAUGGUGACUUCCGGGCAGAUACAAAGGACCUCAUGUUGAACAUUGUCAAGUUCUUGAGUGAUAAUGGAGCUGCAAUCACUGUCAAUAUCUAUCCCUUCAUAAGUCUCUACUCUAAUCCCAAUUUUCCUGCGGACUUUGCCUUCUUUGACGGAUAUUCAAGUCCCAUUGAUGACAAUGGAAAAAUCUAUCAGAAUGUGUUUGAUGCAAACCAUGAUACACUAGCAUGGGCAUUAGAAAAGAAUGGAUACGGUAACUUGUCCAUAAUCAUUGGAGAGAUUGGUUGGCCUACUGAUGGGGACCAGAAUGCAAAUUUGCAGUAUGCACAGCGGUUCAACCAGGGGUUCAUGACCCGGAUCAAGAACAAUGUAGGCACUCCAAUGAGACCUGGCCCCGUGGAUGCUUACUUAUUCAGCCUUGUUGAUGAAGAUGCCAAGAGCAUUCAGCCAGGUAACUUCGAACGCCAUUGGGGGUUGUUUUACUUUGAUGGACAACCUAAGUAUCAGCUCAGUUUGGGCACUGCAAAUGCUUUGGUAGGAGCAAGUGGUGUAAACUAUCUUGCUAAGAAAUGGUGUGUCCUGUCACCAUCAGCUAAUCUUGAUGAUCCUGAAGUUCCUCUAAGUGUGAGCUACGCAUGUGCAAAUGCUGAUUGCACAAGUCUUGGAUAUGGGACUUCGUGUGGAAACUUAGACAUCAGAGGAAAUAUUUCAUAUGCAUUUAACAGUUACUAUCAGAUCCAUGAUCAGUUGGCCACUGCCUGCAAGUUUCCAAAUCUGUCGACUGUCACCACCUCCGAUCCAUCAACCGCAGACUGCAAAUUUAGGAUCAUGAUUGAACCGUCCGAGUAUAGUUCAAGCAGUGUGAAUGGCAGAGCUGGGUCUAUGGGAAGGCCUCUUUGUUUGAUUUUGUUUGUGUUGCACUAUGCACUUCUGUGAUCUUGUAGGGCUUUUUGUACAUUGGUAAUUUCAAGUAAUAUAUUCACUAAAUCUUUUUAUUCUUUGUAGAACUCUAUCAUAUUUGCUUAUUUUGGUGCGAGUAGGAAGACUCAACUUCUGUACUUGGGAUAGAGCAAUCAGUUUAUGCUUGUAUUGAACACAUUUGCUUGCA